AGGCGGUUGAUAAAAACAGCAGUGGACGGCACUCACAGCCGUUAGUGUGUUACCGCGAGCUUUACCGUCCGGUCACCACAGGACAUACACAUGCCCAUCACCAGAGUCAGGUCGUAUCAGUAAAUGGCUUCCGUCGCCUGCGUCCGAGUCGUACAGCAACAGCAUCCGCAUAAAGUCGAACCACUACCACGGUCAUAGUUCGCUCCCUGUAAAAUAUCGCAAACGCUCCACCAAAACUUCUCGUCCGGGUUUCGUAUUCCGACCGUAAACAAUUGAAAUCCAGUUUUCGUAUUUCGUUUUAUUUUGCUACCGGACAUUUAAUCUCAAUCGCGGGACCGAAGAAAACUGUAUCAUCGAGUGCUAUAGGCCAAGUGGCCAGUUGACGCCAAUCGAGUUACGAAAAGCAUCCUUUUCGAGGUGACUACUUUCAAUCACAUCGCAGUCAGGACUGUGUCGAUGAUGAUCCAAGUGGCGACAGUGUUUGCGGCGUUAUUGGCGGCCGCCAGUUGCCAGCAGCUUCUGCAACAGCAGUUCAGCGUAGUCGAUCCGAACUCCGGUCAAACAGGAUCUGUGGGUUUUAUGCCGAUGAAAGACGACCGUCGCGCGUCUGAGACGAUUCCCGAACGCCGGACAUCCGAACCAGCUCCUGAAUCGUCGUCACCGCAGAGCAGAGAUUAUUCGGGUGGUCCAGAAUUUUAUGGUUACAAUAACUAUCCAGCCAGUUACGGGCCACCGAGCUCCAGUUACGGGUCGUCAGAAAUAACUUUUGAACCAUCUGCGCCAGCUGACAAUCCGUCGAGUGCUUAUUCCAGUCCAGGUUACAGUCCAUCAUAUUAUCCUGGAUAUGGAGAAGAUACGAAAAAAAGAAAACCCAGUUACGCAACACCCUACUAUCCACCCACGUCGGUGUCCUGUCCGUCGCCGUUCACCAAUAACAUACUGACCGACCUACUGAAGACGGGAAGCACAGCCAAGUUCGGCCUGGUCAAGUCUGUGGUGGCGGCCAUAGCCACUCUGUUCCUGGCCAAGAUACCCAUACUGUUGGCCGUUAAGGCGCUCAUGCUCAAGCUAUUCGUCGUACCGCUGGCUGUGGUCGUCCUAUCGCUGCCCGUUCUAAUUCCCGCAGCCCUCCUGUUGCAGCCGCUAUGGAAGCGGUGGAAGGAGUUUGUCGGCCUUGACACGUCAUCCAAACAGCCACAAAUGGUGAUGAUGAUGCCAGCCACGGAUUCCACAAAGCCCGCCAACGACACAUCCGCGACGCCCGCGGCCACCAGGGCACUGGAGAACAACCUAGAGAGUGUGCUCAGCAACCUGCUCGAGUCCGAGAGGUGCAUGGAACGGCUGGCUUGUCAGCUAGGAGUCAGGGACGCCAGAUCCGAGUACAAGCAACAGGUGUCUUGGGUGUUGAAGUUCUUGCAGACGCUUCGCGUGGUCCAGAACAACGAACCAAUCAGAGACAAACUGAAGCAAUACCGCGAGGCUUACAAUUACGGUACCGAGACGGGACUUGGUACGGGCGAAGAUGAAAACCUCGUGAAUUCCGUCUGCUCAGAGGUCCGUUAUCCCUGUCGAAGUACUCAAAAAUCAUUGCAGAGAAGCACGAGGGCGCUAGUGAACUUUGCCGGGUUCUGAUCGUCACGUCAGAUUCGUCUCACGUCUAUAGUACCUAACUGUUGUACAUAAUGCUAUUACAAUGUGUCUAUACAGCCGUGAUAGAUCUAUACUCGACGAGAACCACGUGCACGGAAAUAAUAUUCAUUCACGUCCGAAGAGGAACAGACGUCACAUUGUGACCUCGCAAGUCGACUCUCAAAUCAUUUUGUUUGUACGAUCAGAGCGAUAUGAUUUGUUCUUUUUUUCUAAUUUAUUUUAUAUCCAUUAAAUUUAAAAUUAAUUAGCGCGUUAUCGCUUAGGUAUUAUAAUAACAUAUUGAUUUAAUGAUGCUAUAUUUAAUCAUAAAGUUUGAGAAAUUGUAUUACAAUAUGAAAUUAUGUUCAAUACUAUAGUCUAUAAUAUAGGUAUAUCUUCAUAAUAUUAUUAUAAAUGAAAAUUAUAAAUUACAUAAAUAUAAAUUUUUGUUAAUAAUAUUA